AUGCGAGACGAAGACAGGCAGCCGAACCUCGAGCCUGGCGUCAAUCGGGGCGUCAACAGCUCGGCAAGCUGUCGAGUGGUCAGGUCUAGCAAGCGAGCGGAUCGGCAGAACCGGACCGACGGCUUCUACCGAUCAUCGACAGAGACGCUCCAGCGGGCAGACUCCUUUGCACACUCAUCCCCGUCAGGCUAUGAUCCUCUGCAGGUCGCGAGCUGGCAAGUCUUCAGCGAGCCGGACGCCGUUCGUCGUGACCGUCGACAGGAGUGUGACACGUCCAUCCAGCCGUUCAUGAGCUCUAGCCAAUGGAACCAUGCUCCGUAUGCACCGAGCCAAGCCAGCAGAUCGUACGACAGGACGAUGACGACCGUGCCAAGCAGAUCCCGCCCGCCUUCUCGCUAUGACGCCCGGUCAUCGCAGGUACCUGCCCAGACAUCAAAACCAGCUCCAAUGCAGCGCGCUACCAGCAGUGUCUACAGCAGGAACAACUUGAGCAUCGGUGACAACCGAGACAACCAAGACAGCACCGCCAGAGAUUCAACGGCAGCCCUCAAAGGGAGCGCGCGUCUGCCCCCGCCGCUCUCCAGGGUUAUUCAAGCUUAUGGUAGCUUCGCCUCUGCUGGUACUUCUGCCCCCAAUCAUCCCAUCGGCGCUUCCCUUCCACCUGCGCCAUCCUCGCGCUCGGCCCUGUCCGGAGGCAAACGCCAUUUGCCAGAUCAGUCUCGACCGCCCGUCUCUAGAGCUGUCAAAGCCGAGUCCCAGUCGCCACCACCGCCUGGACCUGCUGCAUCUCUGCAAGCAUCUGCCGCACGGCUCAGCAAGCCGCAGCGGCAUACCACCAAAGUACAGCAAUCUCUGCCAGCUGCAAUGUCUGACAAUGACAAUCGGCCGGUCGUACGUCCCCGAAUACAUGCAGCGCCUGCUGCCACUCCGUCAUCGACGGCACUCCCAACAGGCUACAAGGAUUCGACCGAACGUCCGAUGCAAGACGGGGCCGUCGAGCGAGGAGAAGAAGUGCAGUUUCUCGAGACUCGCAGUCGGCGGCCCACAAGCCAAAAGAAGCAGCGUCUGCCACUUGCUUCGCCGUCGCGCCUACAGUCCAGAGCUUCGGCCCAGUCGCGAAAGUAUGCAACAGGCUUGCAAUCACCGACAGAUUCGAGUUGGACUGAUGAGCCUCGAUCGUUCCCAAGUCAAGGGAGCUUCGCAGACACUUCGUCGGCGAGCUCCUCGGUGCCCGGACGGCCGUCGUCGUCGAUCAGUGCGAAUGCUGCAAGCAGGCGUCAUCAACCUAAUCAGCCCGGAACUAGCACAGGGCUACAAAGGCAGCGCAAGCGAGCUUCACAUGCCUCUUCUGCCGUGCCGUCACCCGGAAGCGAUAAAAGUCUGUCGCCUACAAAGCCCAAGCGAGUCAGGCUGCAUCAGAAUCCGCUCACAGACGAGCACUCAGACAUGCGCGGGAUGUCUGAAGUCAAGAUCAUACCGGAAUUGCAAGACUGGUAUGCUGACAUGCGUGCAAGAUCCGCUCAUCAGAUCGAGAGCGCUCGUCAAGUCUGCGAGUUCGAGAUCAAGACCUGUCUUGCCGAAGAUCGUAUAUCAGGCACCAGAGAGCCUGGACCCGACGAAAUCCGAGACCGACGUAUGACUCUGAAUAAGCUCAAGCUUCUCGAACGCUUGCUCGGUCAAGGUCUUCAUCAAAGCGAGGAUGCUCCCUUGGCCAGCUUUUCUGCUUCGGUGCAGUCCAAGAAUACUUUCACGCCGACGCGAGGUCCGGCUACGCCUGAGUCAGAAAUUGACGGGCCCGAACCCGAUUUGCUUCCGAUUUCGUCGCCGGGAGCACGUCCGCUCGGUGACCGCAGACACGUCAAUGGUGCUCUCUUUGCCAGAGAUACGACUGAACUUCCGACGCCAUCACUGGCUGGCAGGUUGAAGCGCGUGUUCUGCCGAAGCGACGGCAGAAGCGUUGCCGUCACACACUGCGGCGAGCUAUUAAGCGUGCCACAGCAGCCAAACUCGGAGUGGCGGUCAGAGCACGUCAACAGGCUCAGCCUCGGCAGGGGCAAGAUUGACCGCGCUGCCUAUGGCCGUCUGCACGACAACCUGAUCCUGACGAGCGCUGCGGUCGCAAUUGACGCGCCGCUCACACAAGCGUAUAUUGUCGAGCUGGAUAUGCCGAAGCCGCGCGCAUUGCGAUACAAGCCUCAUGCUGUGCCCGAAGUCAACAAACUCAAGACGCCAGCGAUCACUUCGGUCAUUGCCCUUCCAUCGCCUGACUCGCUCAUGUUUGCUACUGGGGGCAACAAAGACCGCGAGGUGUACAUUUGGACCGUCAACUCGGAUUGGUCAGAAAAGAAGCCGGUCUCCGCCUUUGCUCCUGGCGCAAAGUCGUCGAUGAUUGCAAAGCAAGCGCAUCACAGAGCAGCUGUCGUCAGUCUUGGCUACUCUACCGGUCAGUCUUGGCUACUGUCCUGCUCUUCCCAGCUCUUGCUUGGGCACGAUUAUUCUCGACAGACAAUCACCUGGCGCUGUGAUGCCUACAGCGAUCUGAAGCAGAUUUUCACUUCCCAAGCACGGCCAAGCCACACCGCUAUCACUGUUGCUGCAUUCAAAGAGAGGCAGUUCAGAAUGCUCGAUCUUCGCCAAUGCGGACUCAAUCGACGAGCUAAGGAUGCAGAGGUAGCUCAAUUUGGCUUCGGACCGGCACAGAAGAUGGGGAGCAUUCAGUACGGGAGCUUCCACGAUCAUCAUUUCGCUAUGGCCUGUCCAGAUCAGUGCGUCAGACUGUUCGACAUGCGCAACACCACAAAGGCAGCGCAAGAGAUUCGGCUUCCAGGCGUGCCCGGUACUGUCGCUGAUGCGCACUCUGCAAUCGACGUCUGCUUCGGCUCGGGUGGCUUGCUCAGCUGCGGCGGGACUCGACGGCUCUACUAUAAUCUGUUGUCGUAG